AUGCUACAUAGAAUUUUUAUUGUGCAAGAUGAAGCCGUAAAUUAUGAUGAGAAAAGAGAUCUUUGGAGUAGUUAUGAUCCCGCCAAUCAUCGCGAAAUUAUAGAAGAAUAUGAGAAGGUGGAAGAAGCUAAACGGCAAUUAAAAGCCGAAAAAUUAAAGAAUGAUCCUGAUGCGGAAAUAUCUGAUGAUGAUGGGAACGACGAUAAAUAUGUUGACGAAGUGGACAUGCCAGGAACUAAAGUGGAUUCAAAACAACGUAUUACAGUACGCAACUUACGUAUACGUGAAGAUACCGCCAAGUACCUCCGUAACUUGGAUCCUAAUUCGACCUAUUAUGACCCCAAAACCAGAUUCAUGCGGGACAAUCCAAAUCCACAAGUACCAGCAGAAGAGUCAGAGUUUGACGGUGAAAAUUUUGUUCGCUUUACCGGAAGCACCACAAAACACGCUGGUUCUCAAUUGUUCCCAUGGGAGGCUCAUGGUAAGGGGGUCGAUGUUCAUUUAUUGGCUGAGCCUACUAAGCUGGAGCUGUUACAAAAGGAAUACGAGAAAAAGAAGGAACAAUUCAAAUCAAGUGUAAGAAUCGAAGGUCAAUUUAGUUUAUUCAUUCACAACGUAGCGGCUUUUGGAGAUUGUUUUGGAAAAUCUCCUACUAACCUUAUGAGAUCCAAAAAAUAUGAUAACGAACAUAUUAGCCAUUGGGAUGUUCUCUCAAAAACAGUGCCUCUACUAGUGCUAUAUGACUUUAUUCUUUUUAUCUUAAAAAUUUGUAUCGUUGUACAGCUUUGUUUUACCGUGCAAUAAUAUA